AUGACCCCCUUCCCCGUCCUCGUCCACUCCUACCCCACCACCCCAACCAAAACCCUCCCCCUCUACGAACACCCCUCCCCCUCCCCCUCCCCCCCAAACGCCCUCAUCUUCCUCGGCGGCCUAGGCGACGGGCCCCACACAGUCCCCUACCCCCUCACCCUCUCCCACUCCCUCCCCCCAACCCUAGGCUUCUCCCUCUUCCAAGCCCGUCUCACCUCCUCCUUCUCCGCCUUCGGGUACUCCUCCCUCUCUCAAGACUGCGCCGAAAUCUCGUCUUUAGUCCGCUACCUCCGCUCUGAGCUCAAGAAACAGACGAUCGUGCUGAUGGGCCAUUCCACCGGUUGCCAGGAUUGCAUGUUCUACUGCACCAAACUGGGAGAACUAAAGCCGGAGGAGAAGGUUGAUGGGAUUGUCCUCCAAGGCCCCGUGAGCGACAGGGAGGCGUUGGUGAUGAGCUGUUGCCCGGCACAGUUGGAGAACAGUAUCGCGGUCGCGAAAAAGAUGGCAGAGGAGGGGAAAGGGGAGCAUGUAAUCGAUCUAAACGACAUGCCUGACGGUUGGAAGGGGAGUCCAGUUACUGCUUAUCGGUGGUUAUCCCUCGCUACGAAAGGGGGAGACGACGACUUUUUCAGCUCCGACUUCUCCGACGAGGAGCUCAAGACCAUCUGGGGAGAGCUGGAAACACCGGUGUUGAUCCUGCCCUCAGAAAAGGACGAGUGGGUGCCAUUCAAGCCGGCACAAGUCCAAAGCACGGUUCAAAAAUGGGCGAGCUUUUGCAAACCGGGGGUUGUGAGUGAGUUCAGCGGGUUGAUCCCGGGGGCGAAUCACCGGGUUGAUAACACGGAGGAAAACCCAGAGGGGGAAAAGUGGUUGGUGGAGAGGGUUGGGAAGUUUUUGGGGUCGUUGUAA